AUGUUGUGGUUGUGUUCAAGGGUAGGUCAGAGAUUACCAAAAUACUUUGACCGUGUUGCUGAGAAGAGCAGAGCUCCCAAGGCACUAACAAGAGUAGGUUGCAAAGCCCAAUUUCGCAUAUGGUACGAUGCAGAUGCUGGUGAAGGGGGAAAGUAUGUUGUGACUCACUUCAUCGCAGACCACAACCAUGAAUUGGCGGAACAACACUGUGUGAUGUAUCUGAGGUCACAUCGCAGUUUAAACAGUGCUGACAAAGCUCAAGCAAUGGCUAUGCGCAACGUCGGUAUGAAGACUAGUCAAAUCAUGGACUAUAUGGUAAAUCAAUUCGGGUCUUAUGAGAAUGUUGGUUUCAUCCGUACGGAUCUGCACAACCAUAUUCAAGUCGAACGUAGAGCAGAAGUUGAGGAUGGUGAUGCACAGGGUGCGUUGGUUUACCUAUGUGCAAAACUUGAUGUUGAUGCACGUUUUUUUUACAACCACUUUAGGACCACGAUAUUUGCAUGUGUUUUGCUGGCUAAUGAGACAAUUGAGACAUACACAUGGGUUUUUGAAACAUUUAUGGUGGCGAUGGGCAAUAAAGCACCUGCGUCCGUACUGACAGAUGGUGAUAAGGCGAUGCGAGAUUGA